CUUGAUUCUAAUCGUAAUGAAUUUACAGGUUCCUCCCUUUGUGCACUUAACCUCACUUUUGCUUUUAAAAAAACGUGAGAAAACUGUACAAUUUGUUUAUAAAUAUGGCAAAAUUGGGUGCUUAUUAUGGAUUGUGCCCCUUAAUUGAUAACAAAAGUUUGCUAGGGGUUGCAGACGAUGCUGAAAGAGGUUCAGUUAUUGUUACUUUAGGAAAAAACAUUUCAAUAAAAUUUAAACUCUCAGACCAAAAGCAAUUAAAUAGUUGGAGGACAAGGGAAAAGUUUACUUCCCAAAUAUUAUAUGACAAAAAUCAGCAACAAUAUGUUGCAGUAUUUAAUCAAUUAUAUUUACGAUUUUGGAGUGGUUCUGAAGAUAAUUUGGACAAAUUAAAAAAGCUUAAGUUUAAUACCAUGAUUCAAACAAUUUUAACCCACAAAGACAAUACCUAUAUUUUAUUUAAAAAUGGAGCAAUUCACCUCUUGAAUGAAAGUUUAGAAAAAAGAAAAACUUUUAACCCAGAGGCUGUUAUAGAGGAAAACGACAAAAUUGAAGAUGUUUUACAAGCUUCAUUGGAUGAUAUUCAUUACAUUGGCCUUUUAGUAAAUGGGAAUGACAAAAAAUAUUUUCUUUGGACAAGAUGUGGCACUCUGAAAAACAAAUAUUGCAAAAUAAACCUUAAACGAAAGGGUUGUAAACUAUUAGGCUAUACUUUUCAUGUGGAUAAAAUCAAUGUUUACCUAUUAACAACAUGGUCCGACAGAAGAAUGUUUUCCUGCAAACUUGAAGAAACAGAUGUGGACAGUAAUAAUCCAGGGGACAUAUUUACUGUGGUAGAAUCCAUAUCUUGUACCCAACCAAUAUGUAUGACAUCGCUAAAUGAAGAUUAUAUAGCAAUGUAUGGCCCAAAUUGCAAUGAAGAGGGUGCUUUAUUAAUAAUUUACAACACUCAAUUUAAAGUUACACAGUCAAAACAAAACUUUAAAAUGUUUAAAGCAGAUGCAAAGUUGUAUUGCAUUGAGAAAAACUUGUUUUUGACUGUGGGGCAGAAUUUGGCUGUUAUACCAUUUAAUCUGGAUACUGAGCAGUUGGCUGCUUUAGUUGGAAGUCAUAAGGCCAUUGAAAAUCGUUUGGAUGAAGAUAUUUCUAUUGUGCAUGAGUUGGAGGUCACUAAGUGGAGUUCUAAAAAAGUACUGACGAAUCCAAUUCCUAAAGAACUUGACUUGGAAGAGUUAAAGCAACAAGGAUUGCCUGAAAGUAUUAUACUGGAUCAUAUUGUGCCUAUUAUAAUUGAAAAAAAAGAUGUGAAGAUGUUGAAAAAUAUUAUUAAGAAUUUUAUAGACAUUCCUGAGAAAUAUUUAGCCAAAUUACUAAGAUUUACUUUGAAUGCUGAUAAAAAAUUAUUUAAGGAUUCAAGUCUUAAUUCAAACUUGCCUGCAGAGUUUCCAAAGGAUUUGGGUCCAUUUGAAAGGACAGAUAUUAUUGAUAAAAUUUUGGACAAAUCAUUCAGCGAAAUUCUAUUAAUUCCACACAUUAGAAAUGAGUUAAGCCUUGAUGAUAUAACCAAAAUAUUCACCUAUUUUUGCUACACAUGUUCAUUGGAAGGCAUGCGUUUUAAAAUGAACGAAAAUACAAUAACUGACAAAACUUUUCUAAGUUGGGUGGAAGUGUUGUUUGACUCAAGCUAUCAAAAGUUGGUAUUCUCAAAGGAUCCAGCUUUGGUGGAAUUAGUGAAGAAAAUGGAGAGCAUUGUUAUGGACCAAAUUAAUGCGUUGGAGGAGAUAAACCAAAUAACGCCAUACUUAAAUGAACUAAGAAAUGGUAGGACUUACUUGAAGGGUCUGGAGAAUGCGCCGAAUAAAUAUGUUAUUGAGCAGAUCAAUUUGUUUGCUAAUGUUGAUAGUUUAUCAUAAAAAUAUUUUGUAAUUGU